AUCAUCCUAAUCCCCAAGGGAGAUCAGUCGCAGACGGGCAUAGAUACAGUGAGCAUUCAUCUUGAUGCUCCUUCGCCGGCUCUGUUGCUCCCUCUCCUCAACGCCGCGCUCCUUCUUCGUUGCUCCGUCCAACUUGGCCCGACGCCACAACUCCUUUGCCACGAUGGCCACCGCGAUGCCAUCAGCUAAUGGGCACGCCUCACCGCCCCCCUCACUCGGCGACGUGCGUGGCAACAUGAAACUGCUCCAAUCCUUCGCCCUUCCCUACGCCCCUGAUAUGAAGGUGCAAAAGUGGAAGAGCACCCGCACUGGCCUCACCUUGGUAUGGGCAGACUUCCCUUCUCCCCUCCUCAAUGCCUACAUGACCGUCCCCACCGAGAUCUUUACUGACUCGGGGGUCCCUCACACAUUGGAGCAUCUCAUCUUCUUGGGUUCGCACGACUACCCUUACAAGGGCAUCUUGGACUCACUAGCCAACCGCAGCUUUGCAUCGGGGACGAAUGCGUGGACCGCAAACGACCAUACGGCCUAUACCAUCACGACUGCUUCCUCUGAUGGCUUCUUGAGGAUGUUGCCCGUGUAUGCGGACCACCUCUUCCGACCUACCAUCACAGAUGCAGGCUUCACGACGGAGGUGUACCACGUCGAUGGCAAGGGGCAUGAUGCUGGUGUCGUCUUCUCGGAGAUGCAAGGCAGGGAGAACACGAGUGGAGACCUGAUGGAGUUGAGGAUGCAGCGCAGCCUUUAUCCUGAAGGGAAUGCGUAUCGCAGUGAGACGGGUGGGCUGAUGGACAAGUUGAGGGUGUUGACGGCACAAGAGAUCAGGGACUACCAUGCAAAGUACUACGCGCCGCAUAACACCGCCUUGGUAGUUACCGGCCCGUUACCCCUGGCCCAGCUCAUCGAUACCGUCAACAGCAUCGACGAUGGACUGAUCGCAGCCGGAAAGGCUCCAGGUCCCUCGGGUCCACCAGGCUGGCUUCGCCCCUUCCUCGAGACUCCCUCUGCCACGCCACCCAUCAUCGACGGCUCCCUACGCGGCGAUUUGCCCUCUCUCACCCCAAUUGACGCAGACGUCGCUUCCUCUCGCGAUCCUCUGCGACGUCAGACGACCGUCGAGUUCCCUGAGGAGGACGAGAGCAUGGGAGAAGUCUACAUCUCCUGGGUUGGUCCCAAGCUGGGCAGCUGGAUAGAAGAAGAAGCAAUCAGCGUCUUAUCCACCUACCUCACAGACUCGGCCGUCUCGCCCGUGCAACGCGCCUUUGUCGAGCGAGACGAUCCGUUGUGCACCGACGUCUACCUCUCGCAGGAGAGCAAGGCGGGCAGUGGAAUCAUCUCCGCGCUCUUCACGUCUGUACCGACGGCAAAGCUCGCGCAGCUUGAUGGCGAGCUGCUCGCUCUGCUCAAGAAGAUUGCAAAGGAAGGCAUCGACAUGCAACGUAUGCAGCUCUGCAUUCGACGUGACCGCGUCAAGCUGAUGAAUCAUCUCGAGACCAAGACGAGCGAAUCCUUUGCCGACGUGCUCAUCCAAGAUCACCUCUACGGGGACGCGGGAGGCAAAGACCUCUUCACCUGCAUGGACGAUGUGGCCCGUUACGAGGUUCUGGCGGGGUGGACCAGCGCACAAUGGGCGCAGCUCAUCGACCGUUGGCUCGUCUGCAACGCACGAAUGGUCGUGCUGGGCAAGCCGAGCAAGACGCUCCAGAAGUCGUUGCGCAAAGACACCAAGGCUUUGGAGAAGAAGCGCAAGGCCGCUUUGGGUGAGGAGGGGCUCAAGGAGCUGACUGAGAAGCUGGACAAGGCGAGGGCGGAGAACGAUCGUCCGAUUCCGGAUGAAAUACUGAGUGGGUUUAGAAUUCCGAGCGAGGAGAGUAUACAGUGGAUCCAAAGUGGGCGUCGCUUGAUAGGGAAGGCACCCGUCUCUGAUGGUGUGGUGGAAGGGCAGGUCUCGAAGAUCGCAGAUGAUGGCCAGACCACGCCGCUAGACAAGGUUCUGGACGACCACCUCGCUCCGGAGCUGGACGGCCCACAACUCCCGUUCCCCAUCCACUUUACUCAAGUCCCCUCGGCAUUCUUGACAGUCUCCCUCGUCUUCCCUACGACGCACCUCGCUCCUCACCUGCGGCCGCUACUCCAGCUCUACCUCUCCACCCUCUUCUCACUUCCCCUCCAAAAGCUGGACGGUAGCGCUGCCACGCUCAGCUACGAGGACGUAGUGCGUGGCCUGGACGACGAUACCGUCGAAUACGAUGCCGGGCUGGGUGUCGGAGGCGGAUUCGCAGAAAACGUCUGCAUCGAGGUCAAAGUCGAGCGCAAUCGCUACGCCGAAGCUGUGGGGUGGUUGCGCGACCUGCUUUGGGGCUCGCAAUUUAGCGUAGACAGGCUGCGCGUUUCCGUUGCCAAGACGACGCAGUCUCUUCCAGAGCUCAAGAGGGACGGCAGAGGUAUUAGCUGGAGUUUGCUGCGCAGCUUGACCCACGAUGAGGGGAAGUCGAGCAAUGUCUCUACUUCGAUUCUCAGGAUGCUGGAGUUUAUGCCCGCCUUGAGCGAGAGGCUGGGUAGCAAGCCGGAGGAGGUGGUGGGCGAGCUGGAGGAAGUAAGGCGCAGUGUUUUCAGACUGGACAAUAUGGUCGCCGCGGUGGGCGGUGAUGUGGUGGGCAGUGGCGGGAAGAACGCUUUGCAGCCCUGGCGUCAAUUGGCAGAGAGUGUUGCGGCAAAGCAGCAAGCCAACAACUCCGCGUCAUCGGCUUCGCCGGUCCAUCUUCCGUGGUCGCGCUCUGUCCUCACUCCCUUGGGACGUCAGCCCAGCAAGACGGGCCUCCUCGCCUCUCUCCCCACAGUCGAAUCAUCUUACGCAGUCUUCACCUCUCGCGGGCCCAACUCGUACGCACACCCAGACCAUCCAGCUCUCGUCGUCACCGUGGCCAUGCUCAACGCUCUGGAAUCCGUCCUGUGGCGACACGUCCGCGGCGCUGGCUUGGCAUACGGGGCAAGCCUGCGCAUCGAUGUCGAAGCGGGGCAGCUCCACUUCAGCCUGUACCGUGCACCUGACAGCGCCAGGGCUUUCCAGGAGGCGAAGCGGGUCGUACAGGCCGUCGCCGGUGUGAGGGAGUGGGCUGGAUCCAAGGGAAAGGAUGGGAAGCCAUCCGGUCUUCCUGCACCAAGCUUCACACAGACCGAUCUCGACUCGGCCAAAUCGCUGCUGCACUACAAUGUGGCCGAGGGAGUCUCCACCGUCUCCCUUUGCGCGGGCGAAGUCUUCUCCGACGAGCUCCUUCGUUGCGCUCCCGCUGGACGAGGACGUGGUCGUGCCCUCCUUUCAAAGGUGGCCUCCGUUACCCUCGAAGACGUGCAGCGCGUCUUGCGCGAAUGGGUCUGUCCCGUCUUCGAGGCCCAGACGAGCAUUGCCGCCAUUGUCGGGUCAGAGGCGCGAAUGGGUGAGAUCGAGAAGUGUCUGAGGGAGCAGGAGGGGUAUGAGGUGAGAAGGAAGACAUUGCCCAUUGUUAAGGGAGCGAAGGAUGCUAAGGGUGAGGAGAGUAGCGGGGAUGAGAGCAUGAGUGGGAGUGAGAGUGGAAGUGAGAGUGAAUCGGGGAGCGAGAGUGAGAGUGAAGAGAGCGAGGUGGAUGGGAAGAAGGGAAAGUUAUAGAUUGUGAUAUUGUUCAG